AUGGUUUCCAAAGAGGGGACGUCGAACUACCACCAUCAUCUCCAUUACCAUAGCCAAGCAUCCGUCGUCAACAUCCUACAACAAAACAUAAUCCUCGGAGACAGCGUCCCUCGCCAAGCUACAAACACUGUUGAUUUAACCACCGACUCCGACUCCGAAUCGGAAUCCGAUGAUUCACAUACAGAAGCUGGGUCAGUCUACGGAGAAGUCUCUGAAGCCCCCGAAGACCCUGAAGCCUACGGGAAUAAUCAUGACGUCGACCUUGACCAAGAUGACUACAUGGACGACGAUGACUUUGAAAAGUUACUGGAGAGCUGGAGCACAGAGCAGUCUGUUAGGGUCAGCACGCCGAUUCCGCAGCCCGCAGCCCUCCAGUUGUCUGAAUACAACGGCUUGACUCCGGGAAUGAGUGUGGAAUUGCUCGAAAAUGACUUUAUUCGAAUCAAGGAGAUUCUGGUUUACGAUAAUGGAGAGGUCACACUCCGCGGUCCAUAUUUUCAGAAGCUGGACGAUCUGCCCACCGUCUUCCCUAAACGCGAGGGAGAGCUUUGCUGGCUGACAAGGGAGGAGGCAGAUGGAAGCGUUAGCCUUGAGAAAGAGAUCCCUGUGAGCGAGGUUCAAGACGUCCCAAGCAUUUACAUGACCAAUGUUCCUUGGACGGAGAAGAUCGGCCUGUCUUACAAUUCAUACGUGUGUCGCUUUAUGUGGCAGGCUACGCAAGAUAAGACAGAAUGGAUCAUACGUUACCUGACCGCAGAGGAAUCCGAUUACGCAUAUAGAGUCUCAUCGAGCGAAAUUCGCCGGCAAUGGAGAGGCCCGACUACUGCAUACGGAAGCGAGCGGAGACCAACGAGAAGACUUCACCCAUCCGAAAUACAAGAAAUGAGCAAUUCGCCCCGGCUGCAACGACAAUACACAUUUGGAGACGCUUUCUGCGGUGCCGGCGGUGUUUCUGUCGGAGCCUGGAAAGCCGGGCUUCGCGUGAAGUAUGGGAUAGACCGCGACCAGAGAGCGGGCGAGACUUAUAGCAGCAACUUCCCUCAUAGCUCCUUUUAUUUCGCCGACUUCAAUAGCUGGAUUGCACUGAAGGAUGAUGAGUUCCGGGUUGAUAUUAGCCAUAGCUCUCCGCCGUGUCAGACAUUCAGCCCAGCCCACACGCGAUCAAAUAACCAGCAACGAGACGAGGAGAACUCUUCGCUCAUAUUCACAGCAUGUGAUAUGCUCAAGAAAGUCAAAUCGCGGAUACAUACAAUGGAAGAGACGUUUGGACUGGCGACGCGACAUAAAGACACCUUUUAUGCCGUUCUCCACGGGAUUUUGGAAUGUGGUUAUUCUGUCCAUAGUAAGGUUGUGGCAUGCGAGAAGUAUGGAAUUCCCCAGAUCCGAAAGCGUCUUGUUGUCAUUGCUGCAGGACCCGGGGAGACGCUCCCACAGUUUCCAGCACCAACGCACGGCCCUGGCUUGCGGCCAUAUGUUACGAUAAAGGAAGCUAUUCGGAACAUCCCUCGUAAUGCUCCUGACCACAGUCUGUUCGGAACGGCAUUUAAAAAUGGACUCACUAGAGCGCCAUACGACGAAAACACGCUGGCCAAGACAAUCACCUGCGGCGGCGGCGACAAGAAUUAUCAUCCUAGUGGAUUGAGAAACUUCACCGUCCGAGAGUUGGCUCGUUUGCAAACAUUUCCUGACGGAUAUCCGUUCUCGUCCGCGUAUGCCAAAAAACAGAUCGGUAAUGCGGUGCCUCCGCGGCUGGCUGAAUUCAUGUAUCGAGCGGCCAUCCAGUCACUGCAAGACACCGACGAAAGGGAAUCGCUGCUGCCGGUUGUCGUCGACUAA